GGUUUUUUGACGAGUGGCAGCGAGGGUGCGCAGAUGCCCUAUGUAUUGGGGAGGGUGGGUACUCAGUCUCUCUCGUGUUUUUGACGCCCCUGCAACGCCGGACGCCGGUUUGUUGACCAUUACCACCAUGUCGGGGGCAAGACAGGGACUAUAUCGGUUUCGCCACACUUCCGGAACAGGUACACCGAAAAUCAGUGAAGAGAGGAUUCGAGUUUACACUGAUGGUGUUGGGUGAAUCUGGACUGGGAAAGUCGACGUUGAUAAACAGUUUAUUCCUCGGGGAUCUCUAUAAAGACAGGAAAAUACCAGACGCUGGAGAGAGAGUAGAGAAGACGACAACAAUCGAAAAGAAGACCAUGGAUAUCGAGGAGAGAGGCGUCCGAUUACGUUUGACAAUCGUGGACACACCAGGAUUUGGAGAUCCUGUCAAUUGCGAGGAUACUUGGAAAGCGUGUUCUGCAUACAUUGACGAACAGUUCAGACAAUAUUUUACAGACGAGAGUGGAUUGAACCGAAAAAACAUCCAGGAUAACAGAGUUCAUUGUUGUCUGUAUUUCAUCCCCCCAUAUGGCCACGGAUUGCGUCAGCUGGACUUGGAACUACUGAGACGACUCCACCGGAAAGUUAAUGUUGUUCCAGUAAUUGCAAAGGCUGAUACGCUCACCACAAAUGAGGUGAAAAAAUUGAAAGACCGAAUUUUGGCGGAUAUUGAGGAACACGAAAUUCAAAUUUAUCAAUUUCCCGAUUGCGACAGUGAUGAGGAUGAAGACUUCAAGCAACAGGAUAAGGAGCUAAAGGCCACGGUACCCUUCGCAGUUGUAGGAAGUUCUACAGUUCUUGAAGUCGCUGGACGAAAAGUGAGAGGAAGGCAGUAUCCCUGGGGAGUUGUGGAAGUUGAAAACCCCAAACACAGUGAUUUUGUCAAAUUGAGGACAAUGCUGAUAUCGACUCACAUGCAGGACCUCAAAGACGUGACCCAGGACGUUCAUUAUGAGAAUUUCAGGGCGCAAUGUAUUUCUCAGAUCUCCCAGCAGGCCAUCAGGGAAAGGAGGUACUUACGCAUUAAGCUCAAGAGAGACUCGGGACCUCAUUUUGAGAACAGUAUAUCCGACACCGAUCGACUUCUACUGCAGAAGGAUGAAGAGAUCCGAAGGAUGCAAGAUAUUCUCGCACAAAUGCAGGAAAAGCUGAAAGCAACGGGGCAAGUGGGUGGAGGAGGCCUCAGGAGUAGAGUUGGAAGCCUUGGCAAUGAUCUGGACUCCGUGGAAAUCGACAAAAAACGCAACAGUAUUAUUGAUGUGUAGAAAGAGAGCAAGUCAGUGUGAAAAUUAAGAACAGAUGAAUAUUGCAUCAAAUAUCUGAAUAUUAAUUAAUACAAAUUCCCAAUUUUUUUUUCAAUCUUAUGUUAAAGACUUGAGGCGUGGGUAAAUGAUAUUUCCAAUGCAAGGAUGUAUGUAUGUACCCUUGCGUUAUUAUAUAUGUUUAUAUGAAGGCUGAGUUCGAGCUUAAAUAUCGUGACGAUUACAUUCCACGUCAAUAUUUGAUGCAAUAUAAUAUACACUUUUUUCAUUAUCAAGAAACACAAUUUUAAAAAAUCAAUAGAUGGGUCUGACUCUUUUGUAAGCAGUAUUAUAUUUAUUAAUAUUUCAAGGGCAUUUGAAUACACUACUGUCACUUGAAUGAAUGCACUAGGUAUCAAAUAUAAUCGUAAACCUUCAAUAAAAAAAUUAUUGAAUCAAGAA